CUCGUCACAUCACCUCGGUUGCUGCUUGUGUCUAAAAAGGGAAUAGGGUUUUUAAAGGACGCAAAGCAGUUUUUAAAUAUUCGAUAAUCUUUAAAGAGAAUGACCCUCAACAAUGUCAAAAAUGUUUGUUGCAUUGGAGCUGGAUAUGUUGGUGGGCCGACUUGUUCAGUUUUAGCUUUAAAAUGCCCUGAUGUUAAAGUUACAAUUGUGGACUUAAAUCGAGCGCGUAUCGACGCUUGGAAUUCUGAAAAAUUACCUAUAUAUGAGCCGGGCUUGGACGAUGUUGUAAAGAAAUGUAGAGGCAAAAAUCUAUUUUUCAGCACUGAUAUAGACGACUCAAUAAAUAAAGCGGAGUUGAUCUUCGUUUCUGUCAAUACACCUACUAAAACUUUUGGGAUGGGUAAAGGCCGCGCCGCUGACUUAAAAUUUAUAGAAAGUGCAGCUCGCAGAAUAGCAGAGGUCACCACAGGUCACAAAAUUAUAGUAGAGAAAUCGACAGUUCCCGUCAAAUCUGCGGAAUCUUUAAAAAAAAUUUUGCUUUCAAACUGUAAAAAAAAUACUUCGUUUCAAAUAUUAUCUAACCCAGAAUUUUUGGCUGAAGGAACUGCCAUUAUGGAUCUUCUAAACCCAGACAGAAUCCUAAUAGGAGGUGAAGAAACUGAAGACGGGAGAGCUGCUAUGGCCACUUUAGCAAGUCUCUACAGACGGUGGAUACCCGAAGAGAAAAUUUUAACCACCAAUCUCUGGUCCUCCGAGCUGUCCAAGCUAACUGCUAAUGCAUUCCUAGCGCAAAGAAUAUCCAGCAUCAACUCUAUCAGCGCUCUAUGCGAGGCGACGGGAGCAGACGUAGACGAAGUCGCCAAAGCGAUAGGCACCGAUAGCAGGAUAGGCCCAAAAUUUCUUAAAGCUUCUGUGGGCUUCGGGGGUUCCUGCUUCCAAAAGGACAUCCUAAACCUCGUGUAUCUGUGCGAGUCGUAUAACCUGACAGAAGUAGCUAGCUACUGGCAGGCCGUCAUCGAUGUUAACAACUACCAAAAGCGACGCUUUGUGCAACACGUGAUUCGUAAGCUGUUCAACACAGUGACUGGCAAGAAAAUUGCUAUAUACGGAUUCGCGUUCAAGAAGGACACUGGAGAUACUCGGGAGUCGCCCUCCAUCGACAUUUGCCGGUACCUCCUUGAGGAAGGCGCGCAGCUCCACAUCUACGACCCCAAAGUCACCCGCCAGCAGGUCACAGCUGACCUUGUCGACUCGGCUGUCUCGCAGGAAAGCUAUGAAGAGUCGCAGGGCCUGGUUCAUGUAUGCCAGGGCCCAUACGAAGCGGUCGAGGGGUCCCACGCCAUCGUGCUCUGCACGGAGUGGGACGAAUUUCUUUUGUAUGAUUAUCAAAAGAUUUACGACAAAAUGCUCAAGCCUGCAUAUAUUUUUGAUGGGAGAAAAAUUUUAAACCAAGAAAAACUUGAAGGGAUCGGCUUUCACUGUGAAAUAAUCGGAAAAAAUUUCUCCUAA